UGACAUUCGUGCAGGAGUGCCAGACGGCAUGGGGGCAGACCAUCGCUGGGUGGAGUGGCGCGAGUCCCGAGUGCACCACCGCAACUGGCCUCACAUGCGACGCCAGCGGAUUUAUUCUCUCCUUGAAACUCCGCAACUACAAGCUGGCAGGGCAGAUUCCAAGCUCUGUCAGCAACCUCAUUAAGAUCACCUAUCUCGAUCUUGCAAGCAACCAGCUGCCAGGAAGCAUACCUGCAACCGUGACUGCACUCAGCCUGCUGAGAUACUUGUGGCUGUUCAACAAUACGCUCACCGGCCCCAUCCCAACCGACAUUGGCUCCAUGACUAGCCUUGUAUCCAUCGCUCUCUACACCAACAUGCUGUCAGGAUCCGUGCCCGCUUCAAUCUCAAAGCUCACUGGACUCACGUUUUUGUCUCUCGCUAGCAACCAGCUCACCGGCCCCAUCCCUGCAGACAUUGGCUUGCUGAACCGGCUGGCUAUUAUUGAUCUUUCAACCAACCAGCUUUCAGGAAGCAUUCCUGCCAGUGUCAGUGCCCUUGCUCAAGCCACCAUCCUCUAUCUUUCUAGCAAUCAGCUCACCGGCUCUAUCCCUGAUGAGAUUGGCUACAUUUCUAAACUAUCAGCGCUCUCUUUCCGCCUCAACAUGCUGUCAGGAUCCUUGCCUGCCUCAAUAACAAAGCUCACUGCACUCACAACUUUCUCCGUUGCUAGCAACCAGCUCACCGGUCCCAUCCCCGCUGAGAUUGGUGUGCUCACAAGCCUGAUCGCUUUAGAUCUUUCAGGCAACCAGCUUUCAAGCAGCAUCCCUGCCAGUGUCAGUGCUCUUACUCAACUUACUUUCCUAAACCUCUUCAAAAAUCAGCUCUCUGGCCCCAUCCCGGCUGAAACUGGUUCCAUGUCCAGACUUGCAUCCCUCUCUCUCAGCUCAAACAAGUUGUCGGGAUCCGUGCCCUCCUCGAUCACACAGCUCACUGCACUCACUUUCUUUACCCUCGCUAGCAACCAGCUCAUAGGUCCCAUCCCCAACAUUGGCGUGCUCACAAAGCUGGUCACUAUUGAUCUUUCAGGCAACCAGUUUUUAGGCAGCAUCCCUGCCAGUGUCAGCGCACUCACUUCACUCAAUCUCCUGUUUCUCCAUAACAAUCAGCUUUCUGGCUCCAUCCCCGAAAUAGGUUCCAUGACCAGACUUGCAUACCUGUUACUUUACAACAAUCAGCUCAAUGGUGCUGUCCCUGCUUCCGUUGCAUCCCUCACAAGCUUGGUAUAUCUUGAUUUUUCGAAUAACCAGCUCUCAGGCAGCAUCCCUUCCAGCGUCAGUGCUCUCACUCAGCUCACCACUCUGUACCUGUAUAAAAAUCAGUUCUCUGGCUCCAUCCCUGCUGAAAUUGGUUCCAUGACCAGACUUGUAUACCUCUCUCUCCGCUCCAACAUGCUGUCUGGAACCUUGCCUUCCUCCAUCACUAACCUCACAGCACUUGCAUAUAUAUACCUGCAUCGCAACCAGCUCUCUGGACCCAUCCCAGAAUCCAUCACCUCCCUCACUGGUUUGACACAUCUGGAACUUUCAUACAACCAGCUUUCAGGCAGCAUCCCUUCCGGUUUUGGCAGUCUGAGUCAAUUGACUAGCCUGUUACUUCAUUCCAACAAUCUUUCCGGCCCCAUCCCUCCAUCCAUUGGCUCUCUGCUCAACCUCGUUAACCUCAAUAUCUCAAACAACCUGCUCACUGGCAGCAUCCCUGCUGGCAUCGGUGCUCUCACCCAGCUAACUUACUUGGGUAUUCAGGAGAAUGCGCUCUCUGGCACCUUCCCUUCUACCAUUGGCUUUCUGACGAAACUUGUUGCUCUAUCCCUCGCUUACAACCAGCUCUCUGGACCCAUCCCUACCUCCAUUGGCUCCCUCGCCACCCUAACGUACCUCGAUCUGAGCUCCAACCAACUGUCUGGUCCCAUCCCCGAGGAGAUUGGUGCCCUGCUCGCCCUCACUAGACUUGAUCUUUCGGACAACCAGCUUUCAGGGAGCAUCCCUGGGAGCUUGAGUGGACUCACUCGAUUGGCAAUCAUAAACCUUUCCGACAACCAGCUUUCAGACAGCAUUCCUGCUAGCUUGAGUGCUCUCACCAAAUUGUUCUACCUAUCAUUAUCUACGAACCAGCUCACCAGCUCUAUCCCAGCUGAAAUGGGCUCCCUGGGGUCACUGACAGUUCUGUAUCUAUACAGAAAUCAACUUAACGGCUCUAUCCCUGCCACCAUUGGCAGCCUGACAUCUCUGGCCUCCGUGUAUCUCUACUCGAACAUGUUGUCAGGGUCGCUGCCGUCCUCGAUAACAAAACUUACAGCGCUCACCAGUUUGGUUCUUGACAACAAUCAGCUCACUGGCUCUAUUCCAUCCGCCAUAAGCUCCCUCUCAAGACUAUCAUACCUAUCACUGUCUCGCAACCAGCUCUAUGGACUCAUCCCUGACUCAAUCGGCUCCCUCACCAAGUUAUCUGUCAUGGGUCUUGCCUCAAACAAGCUGUACGGCCGCAUUCCUGUCAGCUUCUCCAAGCUCACACACCUCACCUUUCUCAACCUCUCCAGCAACUACCUUGCCAGCCCCAUCACGCUGCCCGCCAUCAGCACCCUGCGCCUCUCCAGCAAUUUUCUUUAUGGUCCUCUGCCCAACGGGACAUGCCAGGCUCUCAAUUUCGAUAGCAACUGCUUCACACUUUCGUCUGGCUGCACUAAUGUGGUGCAGCGGCAGGAAGCAGCAUGCAAUGCAUUCUGUGGCGUCUCCACUGCAGCUGCUGCUGCUGCUCCUUGUGGUGGAGGAGGGGUGUGCGUUCCAGACCAAGUUACCCUGGUCCCAACCUGGACCCAGAAGGAGACGGGGGGGGAAUUCACCUCGGAUCCAGUGCCUCUGUUUGUGUACGGGGCGGGACAGGCGGUGUCGGGGUGUGGAGUGCAGCUCGCCUUCCAGGCCAACUUCACCUUCUCCCUCGCCCCUCAAUCCGGCCGUGCUGGCAACAACGGCUUCGCCUUUGUCGUCUCGGCAACGGACCGGGUGGGGAAUGGAUCUGGUGUGGGGUAUGGUGGCAUGGACACCCGCAGCAUGGCGGUUGAGUUUGACACGCUGCGGGACAAGCUGCAUGGCGACAUGAGCACCCCGCACGUGGGGCUGAACAUUCAAGGCCAGGACCAGUCAAUAGCCGCUGUGAAGUCGCCGUUUCAGCUGACCAACAGAAAGGCAUACACGGCGUGGGUGGACUAUGAGCCUGGGGAGCCCGGCACCAUCCAGGUGUUCCUGGCUGCCACGGAGGUGAAGCCAGCUCAGCCGCUGCUGGAGAGGAGGCUGGCGCUGUGUGAGGUGCUGCAGGCUGGAGCGGAGCAGCAGGCGUUCUACUUUGGCUUCGUGGCGUCCACCACUGUGAAGCCGUUCCAGAUGCAUCUCAUCCUCAAGUCAGGAGUUCACACUGGCCUUCCAGCUCCACGCAAGCCGGUAGACAUCAUUCCAGCCUUUGGUCUGACUCUCUCUGUGGCGUCAUAUGCGCCAGUGGGAGCCAGUCCCUUCAUGCGCUACAUGAGUGCGGACUACCGAGUGUUGGCCAACCAGCAGAGUGCAUGGCAAGUCAGCGGCUCCCACUCCUGGGACUCCAUGCCCUUCCUCGGCUGGCCGGUCAAGAACCAAAAGGACUGCAGUGCGAGUUGGGCGUAUGCGGUGGUGGCGAGUGUGGAGGCAGCGUACGGCAUUGCGCUGAACAGUGAGGCGCCACGGCUGUCAGUGGACUCACUCUUUGCAGCCAUGGGGCUCACCUCCCUCACUGCCAAGUGCAUGGCAGGCGGCUCUCCUGCCGCGGCCUUUGAAAGGCUUAUCACUCUGCCCGCUGGUGGACUCACAACAGACAGCAAGCCGCCAUCGAAGUACCCCAUCCAGGGAUUUGAGCGCACGCGGUUUAAGGGUCAUGUAGGGCUCAUGCUGGCAGUGCGACGACAGCCAGUGGUGGUUCACAUUGAAGCCUCUUCUACCUCGUUUGUACAGUACGACGGGACUUUCAAGUACCAGGAUCCUGCCUGCUACACUGGCAACCUGGACCAUGCUGUACUCGUUGUUGGGUACCUCCUUUUCUCAAAUAACGGCCGCCCGAGCCAAACUGCUCCACCGUUUUGGAUCAUCCGCAACUCGUGGGGAUUGGAGUGGGGAGACAGGGGCCACAUGCGCAUGGACAUUCAGGGAGGGGAUGGUGUGUGUGGCAUCAACGUGCUGCCUGGCAUCUACCCCAUUGUCAAGAUUCCCAAGGACCCUUGCGGCCAGAAGAGCUACAAGGGCAAUGGGGAUUUGCAGCCCAGCAUGAACCCGUGCGGUCGCUUCACAUGCCAGGCGAACACGAAGACCAACAGCAACACCUGCAACUGCACCAUACCGAACGAAACCAAGCAGCCCUUUGUUGCAGUUCCGAUUGGGCCUGGCUCCAAUACUUGUGCAUAUGUUGAUGUGUGCGGUUCCUACUCUAGCAACCCCUGCGCUGUGGGCACAUGCAUCAAUGACGGCAAGGGUGCCUACUCCUGCAUCUGUCCUCCUAACUACGUUGGCAGCAUAACCCUUGACAACCUCCCCACCUGCGACCCAGCCAACACCACGGCCUCCAGGUUGACAGUCACUGGCGCCAAUUGGCUGUGCUCGGAUGUCUUCCCUGCGGCUGGCGUCUCCUUGGCUGGCUUUGCAUCGCAAAACAUGGGCAUUAACUGCAGCCAGCCUUUGCCUGCGGGCAAGGUGAUUGGGGUGGGAAGCGUCACCCCCUGCACUGCAUUCUUCUAUGCCCUCAAAGGUGAUACCUGCUCCUCUAUCAGCGUCCAGCUGGGACUCGCAUCAACUUACCUUGCCUCUCUCAAUCCCGGCCUGGACUGCUUUGAGCCCAUCAAGGCGGGCCGCUCUCUCUGCAUCGAGCGCAACGCCACCUUCGCCUUCACCGUCCCUCGCUGCUUGCAGUACGGCAUGCUCUCAGCUCAGGACACGUGCGAGAGCCUGCUGCAGCAGAGCAAGGACUCUAGUGGGGAUAAGAACACAGGAGCUGAAGUGGUGACUGCAGCCAGCUGGAUUGGUCUCUACCGCAACAAUCCCGGCCUCAUCUGCCCCCGCACCACCCCUGCCUCCAGUGCCACUGUUGCCAGCACUCAGGUGAGGGGUGGAAGGUCAAUGUCAGAUAAUAUGGUAGGUUUUCAGUUUUAUGUGUUCUUCUAG